CCCAGCAACAAGACAACCACAAUCCCCAACCAUGCGUCGAAGUCGCACCCCCGAAGCCAACACAGCCUCCCAUAGACGACGCUCCAGGUCUCCAUACCGCCCAUCACGCGACGACAAGAAACACGAAGCGCGUCGCUCGCGCUCUCCCCGACGCGACGAUGAUCGCAAGCACCGGCACAAGCGCCACAGGUCGCGCUCACCAGCUGCAAAGCCCGUAGUGCUCCCAUACAAAGCGAAGCCGCUGUCGAAGCGCCAGUUCGACGAGUACAAGCCGCUGUUUCAGUCGUAUCUGGACAUACAGAAAAAGAUACAGUUGGAGGAGCUGGAGGAGCGCGAAGUGAGGGGGCGGUGGAAGAGCUUUGUUAGCCGAUGGAACCGUGGAGAGCUCGCGCGCAGCUGGUAUGAUCCGUCGAUGCUGAAGACGGCGCAAGACACCGUGCAGGAAUAUAGCGAGAAAUCGCCUGCUCGAGAGUCUACCAGACGUGCAUCGCCGCAGUACGAGCAACGCAACGAGGAGGACGCUGAGAGCGACGACGAUUUCGGACCUGCGCUACCUACGGAAAUGGCUCGACAUUCAGGUCAUGGGCCGACGAUACCGAAGCUCGAUGACUUGACGUACCGCAAUGAGAUGCGCGACGAAGACCGCGCGCGUGAUGGCUCGAAUUACGUCGACGAUAUACGGUACGAGCGCAAAACGGAUCGCAAGGCGCAGAAGGAGCGUCUUGAGGAGCUGGUGCCCCGCGCGGAUCCGGGGUCGCGUGAGCGGCAGCUGGAGAAGAAGCGCGAGACGACGGGUACGCUGCAGUCUUUCCGCGACGCGAAGGAAGGGGGUGACGUUGAGGUUGGCGAGUCAGAUCUGAUGGGUGAAGAUAGCAUCGACGGGUACAAGAAGCAGAAGAAAGAGGCGGAGCGCAAGAAGAGCGAAAGGGAGAUACGGCGAGAGGAGAUUGCACGGGCAAGGGAUGCGGAGAGGGACGAGAGGCUUGCGGAGAGGAGAGCUAAAGAGGGCAAGACCAUGGACUUUCUGAUGCAGAUUGCGAAGGAGCGGUUUGGGUAGGGUGGUGAAUACAUUAGAAUUAGACUAUCGUGCGGCUCUAUGCCGCUGUAUAUGAUAUUGAUUCGGCAAAUUG